CGCGCCGGUCGCCCCGACACCCGGCCCACGUCGCCCACAAACUUCGCUCGCGACGUCGCAACCCUGACCGCCGCAACCGACCCGCUCCUGAAGCCCGCCACGCGCUCCUAACCCAAACACGUAAACUUUAUCACCAACGAGGACCAUUAUGACGCUUGAGUGACGUUUAAUAGGCGAUAAAAUUAAUAGUAAUUCGUGUUAUCACGGCGCGCGGAGCCGCGAUGACAUAAGUGGUCUGACCGAGUGACGUUCGUGCCGGUGACCGUUCAACAUGAACUCCUACUUCGAGCAGGGCGGCUUCUACGGCGCACACGGCGUGCACCAGAGCGGCGGCGGCGGGGACCAGUACCGAGGCUUCCCGCUGGGCCUGACGUACGCGCAGCCACAUGCCCUGCAUCAGCCGCGCCCGCAGGACUCUCCCUAUGAUGCAUCAGUUGCGGCCGCCUGCAAGCUGUACGCGGGCGAGCAGCAGUAUGCCAAGGCGGAUUGCUCAAAGGCGGCCGGCGAGCAGCAGAACGGAUAUGGCGGCAAGGAAUGGGGCACCGGGCUGGGCGCGCUCGUGCGCCCCGCCGCCUGCACGCCAGAGGCGAGAUAUAGCGAAUCCUCAAGUCCUGGCCGCGCGCUGCCCUGGGGCAACCAGUGCGCGCUACCGGGCGCCGCGGCCGGAGCACAACCCGUGCAGCACCAGCCCACCAACCACACCUUCUACCCUUGGAUGGCAAUAGCAGGAGCGAAUGGACUACGGAGACGGGGAAGACAAACCUAUACCAGAUAUCAGACGCUAGAAUUAGAGAAAGAGUUCCAUACGAACCACUACCUCACGCGGAGGAGACGUAUAGAGAUGGCGCACGCGCUCUGCCUCACGGAGAGACAGAUCAAAAUCUGGUUCCAGAAUCGAAGAAUGAAGUUAAAGAAAGAGAUACAAGCGAUAAAGGAAUUGAACGAGCAGGAGAAGCAGGCGCAGGCACAGAAGGCGGCGGCAGCAGCGGCGGCGGCGGCGGCCGCGCAGGGCCACCCCGACCACUAGGCGGUAGAGAUCGACAUCUCGAUACGGACACUGUAGCUUUGUGUUUGUAAAUUGUUUGUAAUUAUUUCACGUUAUUUAAGUGUUGUUCGGUUGUUGUGAUUAUUUUUAAAAUGAAUCAGUUCUAACGAAUCGGACUCGACGUUCCCGCCAAACAAACUUUUGAACGUUAGAAUACAAACGGGUCGUUUUUUGUGUUUCGAGUUUUGUUUGAUUAUUAUUUCUUUGAUUCUGUAGUUUUUCUUUGUUGAUUUAUUGAUUCUUUAAAAAUGUUUUAAUUCGCGCUAUCGUAGAUGUUCGCGAUCGGAAAUCAGUGCAAUUUGUAGAAAUCUCUUCCGUGUAUAGAGUAGGUGUAUCGUAGUGCGCAUUAUGUUCCGUUCGCCCGCGGCCCGGCGCGACGCUGUCCGUGAGAUGAACUAUCGCAUUGUACAAAUUUAAUAUGCCUACCAAAGAGACCCGGUCUCCUAACCUUAAUUAAAGCUAAGUAAGAAAGAGUUAAGUUUACCGGCCUCGUGCGAACAGUUUUAUCUUCCGCGCCAUCUUAUCAUUCAAUACUCUCGCAUAAGUUUAGUGUAAACGUGAUCGUGUUCCUGCAAUUUUAAUAGUCGGUGAAGUUAAACAAAUUGCCAUAAUUAUAAGUAGGUAUUAUUUUAGACAUUAGCGGUGUAAAUAGUUAGGGUAUGGAAGUGAGCGGUUCGCGAUUGCGCCGGCGCCGUGGAAUGGGCAGAAAAAGGCACAGGAAAGCGCGGGAGCGGCGGGGAAGAGGGCUGGAGGGGCGCGCGCCGCCGGCCACCGAACAAGACUAGGUGGUCGACGUGUAUAAUGCUGUAAACGUAUCGGUAGGUGAUAGGAAUAUGUUUGAAUCAGCGCGCUCUUCGACAGCUUAAAAGACGUUAUACGUUUUAGGAGCGAUAAGCGAUAGAUGGAUCGUUCGUCGUAUUACUGGCCGGUAUACGCGGCGCGAUCCACGUCGCGGAAUCAAGAUAUCAAUGUUGACUGUCGAAUAAAUUUUUACGCCCACACUAACGCUUAGGCGAUCGACUACCGUUGAUUUAUCGUCAAAAUAUCCCGUUAGCAACGCUCGCUGAGCACACUCUGAACAUCACUAUUUCAAAAUAAAAGAACCCGUCGCGAUAUCAUCGUCGACCAUAAAUUAUAUAAUGCUCGCAUGAAAAAUACGCGUCUCCGUGCUUGGUUAUUUAUUACUCGAAAUAAAUGCAUAAGUUAUGUUAAAUCCGAAGCACAUUUCGGUGUAUUCAUUAGAAGCGGAAAGGAGGCAACGAGUUAAGAAAAGCGUUUAAUUAUCAAAGUAGAGUAAAGUACUUUAGCAGCAUUGCAAAAGUGUCCGGUAUCGGCGCAGUGGAUCUGCUAUCGGCGCUAUCGCUCCGGUGGCUGUGCCACACUAGGAAUAGGUCGAGUUCCCGCGUUGUUCCGAGCCGUGAUAUAUUGUUCCGCAUCUCCCUGUAUAAAUCUUGAACGCCUGCUGAGGUACACGGGACACGGCCGCCGCGCCGCAGCUCCGAGCUUCAAAUGGAAUUGUGUUUUUAUUUAUCGUGCGAAUCGUAACCCACUAUCGCUCACUCGAAAUCGCACUUUAUCUGCCGAAACGCGGACUCGGAUCAAUGUUCACUUUAACCCACAACUGGUUGUAAGUUCUACGCGCCGUCUCUGUGUUCUUAUCGAUGUGCGACUAUUUUGAUAUUCAACGCUUUUGAACUUUCGUUUCCUGAAUUACGAAUUGUUUACUCUCUAGAUAUUGUCAUAAAUUAGAACAAAACGUUUAAACAUAGUAUAAAUACAUAAAUAAAUGCGAUUUAGUGUGGGCUAAGAUACCAUAUUUGUAUAAUAAAAUAUGUUUUUUAUCUGAUCUUGUGGAAAUUUCUUGUGACAGAUUCAACUUUUUUGUAAAGUAUUUUCGGAUUGUAAAAUUACAUGAGAUUAUGUCGCGUGUAUUGAAAAGAGAUUGCUUAUUGUAAAUAUUGAAUAUGAAAUCUGAUGUACAACGUCUGUAUACGGUCAUCGAGCAUAAUAAUAGUGAUAUCUGCGCUGCAGAUUAUGUGUAUAAUAUUAUUUUCUUUUGACAUGACGCUCCAUUUAUAUAGCUAUUUGAAUAUUAGAUUUAAAAGAAGAAUUAGACCUUAAUGAUAAUUUUAUUUAACCUUAUCUCAGACACGUUAAAUCACUAUAACAUAUUUGAAUAUAUAAGUAAGUUAUCAAGGUUUAUCGAAGUUCUAAAUUGAUUUAUUUAUCAGAAUGUUUUAAAUCAAUUCGAAGUUGUUAUAUUCAAGUUUUCAUUUAAUUAGAAGGUCUUAAAUCACGAUAGCUAAAUAUUGCGUCAUGUCAUAAAUCCUAAAUACGUAACUACAAAGGCUUUAGUACGAAAAAUAUUCCAUUUAUUAGUCGAUAGCUUAACUUAUACUUAGUAAAAUAGUUUACCUAUAGUCACUUUGAGAAAAUGACAACAAUCAAUACUAGUUGUGCCCAGUAUACGAAUAGCUAAUUAAUAUAAGUAAUAUUAUAAUUUAUUUUUAAGAUACAGUAGUAGUAAUAUUUUUGGAUUCCUAUAAACAUAUACGUAACUUGUCUUCUUAACUUAGGAUUUGUCGAGCGAAAUUUGGUCGAGAUUCUUUCUGAUGUAAAUUUAUAAUUCCAUCAAGCUUGAAGUGCCAAAUUAUUUGAUUUCGUCAAAAUUUACUAAUUUAAUAUUAAAUUCAUUCAUUGAAUUAUCUUGAAGAAAUGUGAAAAUUGGUUAUAAUGAAAGAAUCUGCGCCAAAUCAUUGCUUAAUCAUAUUUUUUUUUUGUUAAAUAUUGUAAAUAUUGAAUUACUUAUUUAUAAAAUUAAUCCUUAUAUCUGUUAUGAAUUAAUUUUACUUGUGAGAAUCAAAAUUUGUACACUUGUUUUGAAAACACGAUCAUCGGCUUUCGAAUAUUUUUUUUUAUUGUUUAACAAUCAAAUAAAUAUAUUUUAUUUAUUUAAUUUGGUACAUGCUCAUGAAUGUUAUACGUAAAUUGUCCUUAAUGAAGCAUUUGUCAUAAGUAAAUAUUAGUUAGGCCCAAUUUAUUGUAAUGUAAUAUAAUUAAUAUUAAAUAGUAAUAGGCGAAGAGAAAUACUUAAAACCUCGAGGGAUUCUAUAAUAUAAAAUGAUUUAAACGUUUUUUUGUGUUUUAUAAUUGUAUUUGUGUGGAGCGUUGUGUAAUAUUAUAUACGUACAUAUAUAUUACUAUGAAUAUCUAUUGAAUCGAAAUGGAUAUUAUAAUUUUUUGUACAAUAUCGGCGCCAGUGCGACACGAAACAU